GGGCAGCGAACACGGGGUGAUGGGCCCCCUCCUCCCGCCAGAGGUGCCGGUGCAGGAAGGAGCUGGGAGCUGCAGAGAGAGGCGGGAUCCUGUGCCAGGAGCUGUGCGUUUUCCCACAGUGGAAAACGGACGAGCUUCCCCGGGGAAUGCGGCUCCAUGAGACUUUAAUCAGCAGAACAGCUGCUUCCUGCCAUUAUCCUAUUAAACACGCAGCCUGAGCCUCUCACCGAGCGAUCUCUCUGCUCCCGUCCCGGCAUCGCCUACCUCUUCACACUCUCCACAACUCCAGCUGCGGCCCGAAGCCGGGCAUGACAAGGGCCACUGCCGGCUGAACGCUCCAGGAGGGCAGAUGGCCUUCCCAUAAGAGGUAUCCGAUUCAGCAUGUCUAACUCUGAAGGUGCCCCCGCUGUACCCACUUUGCUGCACCCUGCCGCCAGGACUUUAACAAUCAGAGGGAUUCGUGGGCAGGCGGCUGAAGGCAGAUGUUUGGAGACAGUAGCAGAUUGCAAGAAGGUGCACAGCUCCCUCAACAAGGUUACUGCUUGUUAUCGGCAGCUGGUUCUGUGUGUUGGGGGCACAUCGGACUGUACGAGGCUGAGGGAAGAAUUGGAGGAGAGCAGAAAGAAAGCCUUUGAGUUAAGCACGGAUCUGAGGAACACAAUGAUGGUACUGCUAAUGGAACAGGAAGUGAGUCAGGAGGAACGUGUGGAGCUGGAACGUACAUGGGUGCUCUUUCUCUCCACCCUAGAGCUCUUCCAGCAAGACUUAUGCAAAGCCCACCACUUAUGUCAACUCUUUCCCUUGCACGGACGGCGUAAGAGGCUUAUCAACACCGGCGUAACGGGCAAGACUACUGAAGUUGCCUACAGGGCCCGUAACAUCAAGUCACCAGGUAGCAGAGUUCGGGAAAACCAACAACGAUCAGAACGGCCUUGUUCUCCAGACCUUGCUGAUCAGAUUGAACACAUGGAAAGGAUGCUUCAUGAUAUGCAGAUGAAAGUAAGCAUCCCCAUAUGGACUGUAGAGGCUACUGAGGAGGCCUGGGCAGAGGUCACCUCUACUUGUGACCUUGAUGAGGGCUCUGAUAAUGAGAUCCUUGCUGGAGAGGACAUGUCGAGCAGGGGAUGUUGUGCACAUGGACAGUCACUACCCCGGCCUCUGUGUAUGGUGUCCUAACCCUUGCCGUUCAAAUGAUUACUGAAGAGGUACAAACAAUGCUUGAGAAACCUCCAAGUUGCACACAAGUAUAUGGCGUACAAACAAGCAUUACCCGAGAAGGGAGUCAGGCUUCACUUUUGCAAAUAUCCUGCUUUGCAGUUGUGUUACUAAAUGACAGGCAAGUGUCAUGCAGUCUAGCAAAAAUAAAAUACCAGACAUGAUAGCAGAGGCUAACAAUGCAUGUGUCAGUUUGUCCAUCAUAGAAAUCAGGCCUGCCUUUUGAUCCCAUCUGUUCUAUGUGAAGUAUUGCGCAAGAACAGGAGUGGGG